AUGGAAGAGGUAAUUAACUCCAUUCAACGCGCUUCUAGUUUGGUUCAAAACCUCGAACAAGACCUAUCCAACUUGGUGAACCACCCAGGUAUGCUGUCCUUGUCCAUUGAUGAGAUAACUGAGGCAUUCACUGCUGCCAAGGACAGGCUGUUGCUAAUUUCCCGACAGAACCAAACGCCGGAAUCUCCUCCUACGUUGCUUCAUGAAACCGCACCGCUGGAGCCUCAGAUGGAUGCUACCGUAAUGCAGGAAUGGUUAAGGUCUAGUCAUCAGUUGUUUCAAAUGCAACAGCUUCAUGCUGCGAGGAGCACUUUGCAGAUCGGUGAAAUGGGAGGAGGGAGAGAGGUGGAAGAUUCCGAGAGAACCAUGGGAUCUGAAGGAGAUCAAGUGCAAGGAAUCCACGCAUCUUCUUCACGACCUCGAAGACGAAGCAGGGAAGGUAAUCAAGAGAAGAAAAAAAUAUUGGUUCCUGCCCCACGUUUUGGAAACACAGAGCUGCCACCGGACGAUUGUUUCACUUGGAGGAAAUAUGGGCAGAAAGAAAUACUUGGAUCCAAGUACCCAAGGAGUUACUACAGAUGCACACACCAGAAGUUAUAUGAAUGCCAAGCCAAGAAGCUCGUGCAAAGACUUGAUCAUAAUCCUAACAUAUUUGAAGUAACAUACAGAGGGAAUCAUACAUGCCAUAUGUCCUCCACAGCACCAUCGUCAGUUCCACCACAACAACUUCUGUUGGACAUGACACAAAAUAGUAACACAAUUUCUGUUCAGUUGUCUCCGACAACGAAUCUCAGCCUCAAUCCAGGUGUUGGUGGUGGAGCCUCCACCUCAAGAUACGGUGGUGAUUGUCCUGUGGUGGAUAUGGCUGAUGCUAUGUUCAACUCCGGUAGCAGCAGCGGCAAUAACAGCAUGGAAUUUCUCUUCUCUCCCACUGAAGAUAGAAGUGAUGCAAAUUGA